AUGUCUGACAAGAUUAAGUCGAAGGAUCUGAGCUACGACUCGUCAUUGCCACCAUUUCUGCAACGUCUCCAUGAGCAAAAGGCCGGACGUGGCGACACUGAUCGCCACGAGCGACCCAUCGCUCGUGCGAAAAGAACCAAAAAUCCAGACGAUGAUGAUGGUCCCACUGUCGUAGACGACAGCGGAGAGACCGUGUCCAAAGCGCAACUCGAGGAGAUGUCCCAGGAAGCCGCAAACGAAGUACAAGACACGUCAAGCAUCAAAGGAGAGCUCGAUCCUAGCACAGAGCCAAAGGCAUCUGGAGCUCUUCCGGACAGCAAUGCGAGCACUCGACGCACCGAGGCCAGUGUUACAGACGGCACGGCACAGAAGAAGCGCAAGGCUGCGAAGGUGAUCGGCAACGACGAGGAAGCUGGUGGUGCGGCCGCGCAGGACUCCAUGAGAACAACGGCAAAGAAAGUCAAGAAGGCAAAGCCAGUCAAGCUUACAUUCGAGGAUGAUGAGGAAGGUUGA